AAUUCAGGAGUAGACACCGUCUCGCGCACACCGAUCCCCAAACACCACACAAAGGAAGAGAACCCUCAAUUCUCAAGAAAGCCCUAAAACAGUGUCUGAUUUGCAAUUCCAUCAAUCUCGCAUCAAAACGCUCCCUUUAGCCAUGGACGCUCAGAGAGCUCUACUAGAUGAACUUAUGGGUGCAACUCGUAAUUUGACGGAGGAAGAGAGAAAGGGAUUCAAGGAGAUUAAUUGGGACGAUAAGGAGGUUUGUGCUUGCUAUAUGGUUCGAUUUUGUCCGCAUGAUCUCUUCGUCAAUACGCGGAGCGAUCUAGGACCUUGCCCUAGACUACACGAUCAAAAGUUGAAAGAAAGUUUUGAGAAGUCUCCAAGACAUGACACAUAUGUGCCAAAAUUUGAAGCUGAACUUAAUCAGUUUUGCGAAAAAUUGGUGAUGGACUUGGAUAGAAGAGUUAGGCGUGGGCGUUCUCGUCUUUCACAAGAGGUGGAACCCACCCCAGCACCUCCACUAUCAGCUGAAAAGUCUGAACAGUUUUCUGUGUUGGAAGAAAAAAUAAAGAAUCUACUGGAACAAGUGGAGGCCCUAGGUGAAGCUGGGAAGGUUGAUGAAGCUGAAGCACUCAUGAGAAAGGUGGAGGCACUUAAUGCUGAGAAGACAGCAUUGGCCCAACAACCCCAGAAUGAUAAAGUGCUGAUGCUUGCACAGGAGAAAAAGAUGGCCCUAUGUGAAAUCUGUGGUUCUUUUCUUGUAGCAAAUGAUGCUGUUGAGAGGACCCAAUCUCACAUUACUGGGAAGCAACACAUUGGCUAUGGCAUGGUCCGGGAUUUCAUCAUCGAGUACAAGGAAGCUAAGGAGAAGGCGAGGGAAGACGAAAGAUUAGCUAGGGAGAAAGAAGCAGAAGAGAGAAGGAAGCAGAGGGAGAAGGAUAAUGAGAGGAGGAGAAGUGGUUCGGGGGAUAGAGACAGGCAUCAUGAUCGUGAUCGAGACAGGGAAAGGGAUAGAUAUCAUGAACGAGAUCAAGAUCAUGAAAGGUCUAGGGAUGGGAGUUCUAGAAGUAGUCGAGACGGAGGAAGAGGGAUGGAUUGGAGGUCCAGGAAUGGUAGAGAAGGAGCCAGGGAUAGGUACCGUGAUCGGAGUAGAUCACGUUCGCCUGCUAGGCAUGGUCACAGAAGGUCACCUAGAAGUCCAGUUCACCCGUAUUAGUCAAUUGAGUUGAUGUGUGUCUGACCUUUAAAAUUAUGAGGUAGAUUUUAUAUAUUUAUUUUUUAUCUGAAAACCUUUUUGAGCAUGUGUUUGAGUCAUCCGUUAUCUUGUCAAUGUGGGUGAAACUUUUCUUUGCUAUCUCACAGCUUUAUUGAGACUAUACCAUCUGUCUCCCUUUCAUCGAUAUUAUUAAUGGAGAAAAGGGUUGAGGUAGGUAUAACUUCAUUGCUGUAUCUCUUUUUUAAUAUAUUUUAGGCUUUGGUGGAAUUAUUUCUGUUGCAGCAUCUGUCUCUGAAAUUUUCUCAUCUAUAUAAUUUUUUGGAGUCAUCUUGGGUUAUAUACUCCGUUGUCAGUAAUUUAAAUGGUUGGACUCAAACUAUAUGCCUGAUUGAGACUGCAGCCGAGAGAGAGUUGGGGGGUUUUUCUCAUUUGAGGUAACAAUUAGAUGUUAUCUUACUUAUCAAAAGGAACAAAAUAGACGUAUAUCUAUCAACACAACUCCAAUAUAUUUAUAGUUCCUUGUCGGAUCACCUUCAUUUAUGGUUGUUUAGCUGACUUAGACCAGUUCAUUUACAAAUUCUGCUUAUAUGUGUUUGACCUUGAAGAACUCUACCAAUUUGGAAAAUGUUGGAUUAUUUACUCUUGCCCUUACGCUGGUCACUUACAAACUAUCCAGACAUGGUUUCAUAAGUAUGGUUUGAUGUAGUUGUUUAAUCAUUCUCUAAAGAUCUACUAGUGAGGAUCAUCACCCUGCCUUCGCCAAUUUACUUUAUGGAUUAAAAUGGUUAUGAGGUGCGUACAGUUUGCCAUGAAUGGGUAUUUAUUGAGGAGACUAGAAGUAAGCGGGACAGAUAUCAAUAUUUGAUAUCUGUACGUGAAAGAUGACUACUUGUUUAACAGGGUUUGGGUUAGUUUUGGAGUUAUCGGGUUCAGACAGGUAUAGGUAAUUACUUUGUUUUUGCAGAGUUAUUCGUUAGAAGAAAUGUUGUUUCCAAAUGCAUGGGAGACCACGUAAGUGGGCUGGGAUACGAGGUAAAUAUUAAGAGGUAACCAAAAAUUACAAUCUGCAGAAUAGUUUGUUUCUAUUUAGUUUGCAGGAUAAGGCAGGUAAUCUGGUGAACCUUGAUGGUCGGAUUGCUGCUAGUAAGUAGAUAUUUUAUGCUAAGGAAUGGUUUGUGCAGGGAACUAUACUUUUACUGAGUAGUCGCUGCUUUUGGGACUACAUAUAUUUUAUCCAAACAAAACAGGAGAUGAGAAAACCAAAAAUAGUUGCAUUUGGAGUGGAGGAGCGCAGGUGCAAAAUCCUUGUCUGCAAAAAAUAUAAUUGUAGGUACUUUGGCAAGUUAUGAAUUACCUGUCACUGUAAAUGAUUAGAUUAACAUUUAUUGAAUUAGUUUUGAAUCAAGGGUAUCUUGGCA